AUGUUGAAAAAUAUACGUGUCUACGUAAGGGAGCGCACCAGAUCUGAUCUACCCCCACAGUGCAUAUGGGUUCUGUUCAUACAAGUCAAAGUCCCCAAGAGCAGUUUUCCAGCCAUUGGCAAGCGAGCACGGCUGACAGCAACCUCACACUACAGGGCUUUCGUCGCUUCAAGACUACGCAUUUGCUCAACUUACGCUGCUUGGAGGAACCAUCCGCAGACGACAGGCUGGGUUUGA